AUGGGCUCCUUGCACGCUGGGAGCUCCUUCUCGUCCACUGGACCCCUGCAAACGCUGUUGUCCAUCAAAGGCAAGUUCCACACAGACAAGCUCAAAGUCACUCUGUACCCCUCCGUCGCACACGGCAAGAACCACUCAGCCUCCGUGCUGUCGACCUCAACCUCAACUCUCUCAACUGUCGAGGCCCAAACAAUGGCCGGUAACGAACCCAAAGAGCACAUUUUCUUCUCGCCCCCAGCCAAAUCGCCCCAUCUUGUGUGA